AGUUGAGCCAGCUGUAUAGUAUAGAGUAUAUAUACCUUCUGAUGAUAGGAUGAUUAAAGACAAGUAUUUCUUGGUGUUUGAAGAAGGAAGCAAAAUAACUCAAAUAAUAUGUUGUUUUCUAAUUAACCUCCCAGUGUUUGCGUACGGGUCUGCCGUAGGAUGGAUGUCACCAAUGACACUUUUGCUACAGUCCGAAAACUCAACGAGAUCCGUGCCACUAACAGACAUUGAGAUAUCAUGGAUUGCAGCUGUGUCCUACUUAGUCAGCAUUCCAGUUGCAUGGCUUUUGGCAGUCGUGGCUGAUAAAAUUGGGCGGAAGUACACACUACUGAUGAUGUCAUUAUCAAUGGUGAUUAGUUGGAUCCUCCUUCUGUUUUCCGUAGAGACUUGGGCUCUUGUGACAGCGAGAGCCUUAGUUGGUGUCAUUAUGGCGGGAAGCUAUGUCAUAUGUCCUAUUUACAUAAAAGAAAUCGCUGAUGGUAAUAUUCGUGGGAGCUUAGGAUGCUGGAUUGUGAUAUCACAUACUACUGGCAACUUGUUCCUGUACAUAAUUGGAGAUACUCUGCCAUUCAGGACUAUAACAUGGAUAUGCCUCUCAGUACCUCUGGCUCAUCUUCUGCUCUUCACCAUGAUGCCUGACACACCUUCGUAUCUGGUUAAGAUAGGAAAGGAAGAAAAAGCGCUUAAAAUAUUAGCUUGGCUCCGUUGCAAAAGCGUGGAUAAUUCUGACGUCGUAAAAGAGUUGGGUCACAUCAAAAAAGAACAGGAGAAUGAUGCGACGUCAAAUAAGUUCCUCCUAAAGAGUAUAUAUAAAGAUAAAAUCCUUUUCCGAGCGUUCCGCAUUGCCCUUUUUACAGUUAUAGCAAGAGAAGCAUGCGGUGCUAUACCUGUGACGAACUUUGCCGGUGAAAUAUUUACGAAUGCUUCAGGAAAAUCUAGAUUGAUUUUGACACCAAAUCAGCAAGCAAUGUUGCUGGGUUUUGUGCAAGUUAUUGGAUCUACGGUUGCAUCUAGCGUGGUAGAGAAAACAGGAAGAAAGCCCCUUCUGAUUACCACUUCGCUAAUAUCUGGACUAAGCAUGGGUGCAUUAGCUACUUGGUUCUUACUCAGGAUAUAUGGAAUUAAUGCAACACCCUGGAUACCCAUAGUUACCCUUUGUGUGUGUAUCUUCUGCGACGCAGCCGGACUGCUGCCUGUUUCCAUGAUUCUAGGUGGAGAAAUCUUCUCAUUUAAGUAUCGCGGUACCGUGAUGGCGGUCACGAUGUCAAUAGCGGCCUUCUCUGCCUUCCUCCAACUUCUAUUCUUUAAGCCAAUCGCAAUCUAUCUGGGAAUAUACGUCGCGUUCUAUCUUUUCGCAAUUGUCUGUCUGUUCAUCACUACUUAUGUUAUAAUAGCGGUGCCAGAAACAAAAGGAAGAUGUCUACAAGAUAUAUACAGCGAUCUUCGAAAGAAGAAUGAAACAAUAGAGUUAAAAGAUAAAGUAGAUGAUACGCCAUGAGAUGAAGAUGUAAAACUGAAUGAAUAAGAUGUUAAAAAGGAAUUAAAUUACCCGGGAGAAAUUUGAAAAUAAUGCAGCAAAAAUUUUUUUAGACGAUUGAUUGAUUGAUGGAUUUUUUUAUUAUUUCUUUCUAUUUAUAAGGACAAGUGACAGCCUGUGAGCAUGGUAAUGGUAAUAUUACUGUGCGAUGGGUCAUCUAACUAUAUAAUUUACUAGCUUUUAACCGCGACUUCGUGCGCGUGUUAUAAUGACUUUGGGCAGCAUUUUUUAUUAUUUUUGGAAAUAACAUUUUUAUAAGCUACCAAA